AUGGCAGAGGAAACAGUAAACACGUAUCAGCUUAGGUCGAAGGGUCCUUCAGCCCAGGAAGAGGAAGUGUGGUCCACGGAUGCGGAGGGUGCUCCAGAGGAGCCGAACCAGGGGAAGUCGCUGGAGUUCGAGGCGAUCGGGGCAGCAGCUGACCAGCUGUUGCAGAUGGAUUCCGCUCCGAAGGCGGUGCAUUUUCAGGAUCCACCAGUGGACUCGACGAUCCAGUCGGCAGUGAACCUCGUCCUGGCACAGGCAGCGGAGACGUACCGCAAGUCCCAAGAGGCGGGAAUCUGUCAAGGGUUGCGAGAAGAGCUGCGGGCGGGCUUCCUGGAAAUGAUGCAGUUAAUGAAUCAGGUGCUGAGGCCGGCAGUUACUCACAAACAGAAGCCGCUGCGGACGCCAGCCCAGCAGGGACGACCGACGGAGGGACCCCAGGGCGCUCGUGGAGCCAUACCGCGGAGCCACCAAACGGCCAGUGGGCAAGCGGCAAGGACACCGCCACGUGUGCCACCGAAGCCGCCAAGGAGGGCGCCUGAUCCAUUGGAGGUGACCAGCAGCAGACCAGGAUGGUCCACUGAGGCGGAAGAGAGGCCGCGGGAUGACGGCGGAGGCAGGAGCUGGCGCGUGGAGGAUCGCCGAGCCGGAGAGUUCCGGGACGAGCGGGCGUACGCCAACUGGGACGCGGGAGGCAGUUCCCAGCAACCAGGAGAGACCGUGGACGACUACCUGCACGCCAUGCAGACCCUUGCGGCACGCCUGAAAAAGCCAAUGCCAAAGCGGCAUUUGGUAAAGGUGAUGAAGAAGGGGUUGCGAGAGGGAAUAGCGCGUUUUGUCUACGCGAUGGAGCUGGAAAGCCGCGAUGUAGGAGAGCCUGGAGAAGGACAAAUAAAUAGUAACCACAAUAAUAAUAAUAUAUUAAGAUACUUACCCUAUGAGGAGCGCAUGCGAAGGUAUUUAGAAGCUAGGAAUAGGAUUAUUAAACAGCACCAGCUGUGCGGAAUGCGCCAGGUAUCCCGAACGGUUCGGAAGGCCAGGGUGCGGUUUCGACAGCGUCGGGAAAAAAGAAGGGAAGUCGUCGCAGCAGUGCAGCGGAGCGGCAACCACGAUCCCAGGCCCAUCGCCGCGACAAACAUUUUAGGCCAGCAACUGACGGGUCUGUUAGACACCGGAGCGAGUGUCAGUCUGCUCGGAAAAGGCGGUAGGGAACUGGUGGAGGCGUUGGGUGUGCCUGUCCAGAGAUAUUUCUCGGUGGUGCGUACCGCCGCAGGUGAGGAUCGUUCGAUCAUAGGGCGAUUGAAGCUACCUGUGGAGUACAAAGGGAGGGUACAGAAUAUUCUUUUCUAUCUUUGCCCGUUCCUGGAGCAGCCGGCGUAUCUCGGAGUCAAUUUCUGGCGAGCGUUUGGCUUGGCCCCGGCCGUAGUGGGAGAAGUACCGACAAACAGCGUGAUGAAGGCCGAAGAAAUCCACGCCAGGGAAAUGGAACACUACGCCGACCAAGAAGACGAUGACGAGGAGAAGCCCGAUCCAGAAUCCUGGAUACUAGCCGAGGCGGAGUCCCGGAAGCUGGAGGAGAUCAAGCGGAUGUUCCUUACAUUUGAGAAGGAUGGCUUAGGAACCACGAGCCGGGAGAAGUAUUCCAUAGAGCUGGUGGAAGGCGCGAAGGUUUUUAUGGAUCGGCCCUAUCCGAUGUCUCCGGCGAAGCAGAAGGUGGUCGAGGACGAGGUCGACAAGAUGCUGGCGCUGGGACUCAUCGAGGAGAGCAAGAGCCCGUGGAGUAACCGGACGACGGUGGUGUCGAAGCCUGGAAAGGACAGGUUCUGUUUGGAUGCCAGGAAGCUGAACGAGGUGACCGUCAAGGAUGCUUACCCCUUGCCUAGUAUCGAUGGAAUCCUGUCCAGAAUCGAUCAGACGCACUACAUCUCCAGCGUGGGUUUAAAAUUCGCGUUUUGGCAGAUCGAACUGGACGAGAAGAGCAAGGAGUUGACAGCGUUCACGGUUCCUGGUCGGCCCCUGUAUCAGUUUCGGGUGAUGCCGUUCGGACUCUGCAAUGCGGCGCAGCGGCUGGUGAGACUCAUGGACCGAGUAAUCCCAGCAGAAAUCCGGUCCAACGUCUUCGUCUAUUUAGACGAUCUGCUCAUCCUGGCACCGGACAUCGAGACGCACUUCCGGUACCUACGACGAGUCGCCGAAUGCCUAAGAGAAGCAGGAUUAACGAUUGGGCUUAGCAAAUCGAAAUUUUGUUUUAAGUCGUUGACUUACCUAGGCUUCAUCGUAGGUGGAGGUCGUCUGCGGAUGGAUCCAGGAAGGGUGGCUGCGAUCCGUAGGAUGCCAGAGCCGAGGACUAUGAAGGAGGUGCGAGCCUUUUUGGGCACGGCUGGAUGGUAUCGGCGCUUCGUCAGGAACUUCGCAACGCUGGCAGCACCGCUCACCGAGGCGCUCAAGAAGACCGGGAACACGAAGUUUUCUCUGAGUCCGGAGGCGCAGCUGGCGGUCGAUGCCCUAAAGAUGGCUCUAACGACGGCGCCGGUACUAGUCCACGCCGAUUUCAAGCGGCACUUCUUCAUCCAGUGUGACGCUUCUCACAUCGGGGUUGGAGCGGUUCUGUUCCAGAAGGAUGAGGACAACCAGGAGCAGCCGAUAGCCUUCUUCUCGACGAAGAUGAAUAGGCACCAGGUGAAUUACACCGUCACCGAGAAUGAGUGCCUGGCAGCGCUCCUGGCGAUCCGGAAGUUCCGUCCGUAUGUGGUCUCUGCAACUCUGACAGAGUUGCUGGGUUUCGAGACCACCGAGUUUGCUGGGGAUGAGUACCAGGAGUUAGUCCGUGAAGUGGAGGAGAAUGCGGAUAACUUACCGGAUCUUAGGAUCGAGGACGGUCUCAUCUUCAAGCGAGUCUCCCCGGCAACGCUGGAUGAUGAAGUGGAAGGAUCCGCAUGGAAACUUUGGGUACCACAGAGUCUGACCCACAGCAUAGUUGAGAGAGCCCAUACGGAUCCAAAGGCAGCUCACGGCGGAAUGGGGAAGACUCUGGAAAUCCUGCGGAGGCAGUUCUACUGGCCUGGGAUGGUGACGCAGAUCCGCGAGUUCGUCCGAAGAUGUCAGAUUUGCAAGGAGUCGAAGGCCCCGAACCACCGGAUGAUGGUGGGGAUCGGAGAGCGGGUUCAGACGGAGCGGCCUUUCCAGAAGCUGUACGUCGACUUCCUUGGCAAAUAUCCGAGGUCGAAGAAGGGACACGCCUGGAUCUUCAUAGUGGUGGACCAUUUCUCCAAAUACACGUUCCUCAAGGCGAUGAGAGAUGCAACCGCUUCAAACGUAGUAGAUUUCCUCAUUACGGAGGUAUUCUACAAGUUUGGAGUGCCGGAGGUGGGGCACUCUGACAACGGGCGGCAGUUCACCUCGAAGAUCUUUGAGGAGGCGAUGGAGAGCUUCGGGAUCCGUCAUCUGAAGACCCCGAUUUACUCCCCCCAGAGCAACGCAGCGAAACGGGUCAACCGGAGUGUCCUGGAAGCGAUUCGAGGGUUCCUGGAGAGUGACCAUCGGGAGUGGGAUGCGUACCUUCCGGAGAUUGAGGUGGCCAUCAGGAAUGCAGUCCAUUCAGCAACAGGCGAGGCGCCGUUCUUUACUGUGUUCGGGCAUCACAUGUUCCUGCAUGGGUCCAGCUACAGACUGGCAAGGAAGCUGCAGUCGAUGUGUGACCAUGAAAUGGCCGGAAUGCCGACGGCUGACAAACUCCGGGUGGUACAGGAGAAGGUGCGCAAGAGUCUGGAGACCGCAUAUGACCACAGUCGCCAGCGAUACGACCAGAGGGCCAGAGUCUUCACCGCAAAGCCGGGGCAAGAAGUGUAUCGCCGGAACUUUGUCCUCAGCGACUUUGGGAAGCAAUUUAAUGCGAAGUUCGCAAAAAAGUUCCUAAAGGCCAGAGUGGUGAAGGCCGUAGGCAAUAAUGCGUACGAGCUGGAGGAUCUGCAGGGCCGAAGUUUGGGCAUCUAUCACGCAAAGGACAUCCGCAUCUGA